CUGCUUCUUCUACAUUUCCCCUUACCUUCAAUGAAAGUCUAUGCAGACACAUAUUUUUCUGCAUAGUAGGACCACCUACUUUUUUCUACUGCACAGCUUUGAUUAUUCAAACUACCCUUUCUACUAUAAAUAUGUGACUGCUAACAGGUCAAGACCCGUGCAACAUUAUUUUCCCUUCAACCAAAUCCAUAGAGAAAUAAUUCUUUUUCAUUUCAAGCUCUAAUUGUCACGUAAAUGGGACUCUCUCUUUCUAUACUGUUGUCAGCAUGGAAUGAGAUUCUAAGGCAUAGUUAUCUUAUUUUUCCGGACACCAUGGGAAGAGCUAUCAUGAGAUCGGUUAGCAUUGAAAGGAAAAAUAGAGAAUUGUCUUUGAUGACACUCAGUUUCAAAGAAAAAAAUGAUAAGAAUGUUAGAAAGUCUGAUUGUUCAGAAGAAAGUCUAAAACAUGAGAAACAAAAGCUUAAAACUUCUGUUCCGAUAACUAGUUUGGUUGUUGAUCAAGCACCAAGAAUCUCGAUUCCAGAGCCUUUUGUAUUCUUUUCUCCAAGACCUGUUACUGAACUUGAUGCUGCUGCGACUAAGCUCCAGACGGUGUACAAGAGUUAUCGGACAAGAAGGAACCUUGCAGAUUGUGCUGUAGUUGUUGAAGAGCUCUGGUGGAAAGCCUUGGAUUCUGCAGCUUUAAAGCAGAGCUCUAUAUCAUUUUUUGAUGUCAAUAAACAUGAAGCUGCCGUGUCAAGGUGGUCACGUGCUAGAACAAGGGCUGCUAAGGUAGGCAAAGGUUUGUUGAAGGAUGAAAAGGCUCAAAAACUAGCUCUGCAACAUUGGCUGGAAGCGAUUGAUCCACGUCAUCGUUAUGGACACAACUUACACUUCUACUAUGAUGUAUGGUUCAACAGCAAAAGUACCCAACCUUUCUUCUAUUGGUUGGAUGUGGGUGAUGGGAAAGAACUAAAUCUCGAGAAUUGCAAGAGAGCUGAUUUGCAACGUCAAUGCAUCAAGUAUUUAGGACCUAACGAAAGGGAAGCCUACGAAGUAGUUGUGGAGGAUGGCAAGUUGGUAUAUAAGCAAAGCGGGAUGCUCCUGAAUACAACAGAAGGAUCGAAGUGGAUUUUCGUUCUUAGUACUUCAAGAGUUCUUUAUGUUGGAAAGAAAAAGAAGGGUGUUUUCCAACACUCUAGUUUCCUAUCUGGUGGUGCUACUACAGCAGCUGGUAGAUUGGUUGUUCAGGAUGGUAUUCUUGAGGCAAUUUGGCCAUACAGCGGUCACUAUCUUCCUACAGAAGAUAAUUUCAAGGAAUUUAUCAAUUUCCUUGAGGAACACCAUGUAGAUUUGGCUAACGUUAAGAAAUGUGCAAUAGACGAUGAUAGACUUUUAUCGGUGUCUAACAAAGACAUGGAGAAAACCUUAUCACAAAAUUGUGAUGCAGAUAAAGCUAAGGACAAUGGUCCGGUCAGUGAUGUGUUGAAAAUAACUGUUCAUGAAGAAAACUUUACGCAUACCAGCAAAGACAAGAUAGAAGAACCAGUUUUUGACUUGACCAAACGUUUGUCUUGCAAGUGGACAAGUGGCGUUGGUCCCCGUAUUGGCUGUGUUAGAGACUAUCCAAUGGAUCUUCAAUCUCAGGCCCUUGAAGCAGUCAAUCUGUCUCCAAGAGUUAACUUGUCUCAGCCCAAGAACUGUUAUCCAAUCCCUUCACCACGUCCGAGCCCAAAAAUCCGUGUAUCGCCUAGGCUUGCAUACAUGGGACUUCCAAGCCCAAGAGUUUCUAUUACUACCUUGUGAAUGAUUUAUUCACUUAUUCUAUUGACCAUGCCAAGUUCUUCAGUUAGCGUAGUUAAUAGGCAUUCUUUGAAAGCUUUUGGAUCUGUAUUCAAAGUUUAGUCACCCUUCGAAAUGUAAUUGAGAAAUAACCACGUUUUGAUGGAAAUAAAAUCUGGACAAAAGUACCUCAGCUAAGUUAUGGAAAAAUUACAGCAUAGUAUGCUGGAGUUCGAAGCUU